CAACCCCGCCAGCACCGAGACACACCACCGAGCGACCAUCCCUCCUCUCGCUGGGAAAGACAUCGAGUUCCAACACAAUGUCUCCGACCCGUUGAAUCUCUCAGCCAGCCUAAGCUCGACUCCGAAAUCAAGGCCAACACUUCGCGCAAGCGUGUUGAGCUCCGAAAGGGUAACAGCCUAGAGAAAUACUACGAGAGUCAGAAUCAGAGCAUCCAUGCCAUGCUCAAGUCGGUCGACGAGGACGAGCUGGACAUGCUUGACGACCACGGCAAGAACAUCUUCCUGCACGCCCUCUGCGUAAAGGGUUCUCUGAUCGCCAAUAGUUCCUCUCUGGCUUGCAGAUGUACGGUGCUGUCAGCCCCGGGUCCCUCUCUCCUCAUCACCCUGGCUGAUUCCAUCUUCGACCUCUUCUCCGGCAUCAUGCUGUGCAUGGCCCACCGCGCCGUCAACAAGGUCGAUGCGCGCAAGUACCCCUCUGUGCGUGCGCGGAUCUCCACGGCCGGGAACAUCGUCUUCUCCUUCGUCAUGUUCUCCGUCUCCCUGGUCCUGAUAGUCAUGUCAGCCCGCGACCUGGCAGCCGACAAGGAAGAGGAGACGAACAAAUUCCACCUCCCCUCCGCCCUUGCCGUCGCUGGUGCUUUUGCGACCAAGCUUGCCCUGUUCUUCCUCUGCUGGGCCGUCAAGGAUACCUACUCCCAGGUGGACAUCCUGUGGAGGGACCACCGCAAUGACCUGUUCAUCAACGGCUUCGGUAUCCUCACCUCUGUCGGAGGCAGCAAGCUCAAGUGGUGGAUCGAUCCCACCGGCGCCAUUGUCCUGUCGCUGCUCAUCUCUGGGCUCUGGCUGCACACCGCCUACGACGAGUUCCAGCUGCUCAUUGGCGUAACGGCUGAUCGCGAGGUCCUCCAACUCAUCACCUACAUCUAUGAGUUCUACACCAUGACACACUCGCCGCUGAUUGAGCGGAUCGACACCGUCCGCGCGUACUACAGCGGCCCUCGCAUUGUCACGGAGGUGGACAUCGUCCUCGACCGGAACGAGCGUGUCGAGGUCGCUCACGACGUUGCCGAGGAGCUCCAGAUCAAGCUCGAAAAACUCCCCUCGAUUGAGCGGGCGUUUGUCCACAUCGACUACGAGACUAAUCACAAGCCGGAACAUCAGCUCAAGAAGCUACUGUAA